AUGAUCUGUUAUCAAUCAAUAUAAAUUGAAUGACAUUCAUUUUCCAGAGUUCCAACCAGAGUUGUCUCUCAACUUCAUCUUCUUGUUCUCAUUCACUGUCGCCCUCAGAAUUUCUCACUCUAUCUUUAUCUUCAGCUUUUCAGUUCAAAGUUUCAGAUCACAACCGAUCCACCAUUCACCACUUUCUCUUCGCAAGCUCAAGUUAUUGUCAUAGGCAAAUCUAACACUAAAAGUAGUCAUUGAAGCCGAUCCAGUGCCUUGUGAAUUUGGAAUUGGUGGUGAAAUUAGAUCUAAAAGCCACAGCAAUGUCUUUUAUCGGAACCCAGCAGAAGUGCAAGGCUUGUGAGAAAACGGUUUAUCCCGUUGAUCAGCUUUCUGCAGAUGGCACUGCUUAUCACAAAGCUUGCUUCAGGUGCUCCCACUGCAAAGGAACAUUAAAGCUGAGCAACUAUUCCUCAAUGGAAGGAGUUCUUUACUGUAAACCUCACUAUGAGCAGCUCUUCAAGGAGACUGGCACCUUCAGCAAGAACUUCCAGUCACCUGCAAAGUUAGCUGAUAAGACUACUCCUGAGCUGACAAGGUCAUCUAGCAAAGCUGCGAGCAUGUUUUCUGGCACACAAGAAAAGUGUGCAACAUGUGGGAAAACUGCUUAUCCAUUGGAGAAGGUAACAGUGGAAGGGCAGGCCUAUCACAAAUCAUGUUUCAAGUGUUCACAUGGUGGUUGUCCCAUAACCCCAUCGAAUUAUGCAGCCCUUGAGGGCAUUCUGUAUUGCAAGCACCAUUUCUCCCAGCUUUUCAAGGAGAAAGGGAGCUAUAAUCAUCUGACAAAGUCUGCAACAAUCAAACGGGCGGCGGCAGCAGCAGCAGCCACUGUUCCAGAAUCUUGAAUGUUGCUUCCUUCUUCUAUUGCCUUUUCUUUAACAGAACAUUUUGGUCUAUCGAGCAAGUGUUUGUAUGUGUGGCUUUUUUUCUCUCGCGACUUCAUCAUUUCUGAUAUUUUUUACUUACACAUGCGUGGCGUGCAAAUCUUGUGUGGUUUAUUUAUACAAUGGACAUUCCGUAAUGACUAAUGAGUGCUUGAUUUGCAAGAUUAUCAUCCUAA